AUGGUGAGUUUCGACGUGGAGUCGUUAUUCACCAAUGUUCCAUUAAGGGAGUGUCUGGGCAUUGUUAAGACGAAACUCGUGGAGAACGGUCAUCCUGAGGGGUACGUCACGCUGUUGGAGCAUUGUCUGGAGGGGAAUUAUUUCCUCUACCAUGGACAGUUUUAUCUGCAGGUGGAUGGAGUAGCAAUGGGCAGUCCAGUAGCCCCAGUAAUUGCUAACAUAUGGAUGGAGCAUUUUGAAGAGUUAGCAUUACGCUCCGGACCGCCUGUGAUUACACUGUGGAAGAGAUACGUAGAUGACGUGUUCUGCAUUUUGAGGGGCAGCUCCGAUACAGUGGAACGGUUCGUUGACCAUUUAAACUCCAUCCAUCCAAAGGUAAAGUUUACCUUCGAGAUGGAGAGCGACAGAUCCCUACCUUUCCUGGAUGUAAAGUUGAAAGCUAAACCAGAUGGAACCCUGGCACACUCCGUAUACAGAAAGCCCACCCACACUGACAGGUACCUGCAAGCUUCUUCCCAUCAUCAUCCGAGACAUCUGCAAUCGGUGGUCACAUCCCUGGUUAACAGGGCUCGAGACUUAUGUGACUCUGAACACUUAGACGAGGAGUUAGCCCAUGUUCAGAAGGUGCUGAGGAAAAAUGGGUAUUUGCAGACAAUCCCGCGCAAGACUAAGAAGGGGAGAGACAUCCGCAGGUUGACAGGCAACCAGCCUUUUUGCCGUAUGUGA